AUGGCGGCGGCCGAAUCGGCGAGGGUCCAGGAAGCGCAGAAGCUCGCCAAGUCCGACCCACGAAAGGCUGAGGCCAUCUACAAGGACAUCAUCUCCAAAGCUCCCAGCACCACAUCUGAUGCAGCUACUCGCGAGUACGAAACGGCUUUGGUCAGCCUAGGAGAGAUCUACCGAGACGAGAAGAAGACGCAAGAGUUGGUGGACCUGGUUAAGGAGAGCAGGACAGUUUUCUCUUCGUUUGCAAAGGCCAAGUCAGCCAAGUUGGUCCGCCAACUGCUCGACCUCAUCAAGGAAAUCCCCGACAGCACCAAUAUCGAAAUCUCCGUCACCAAGGACUGUAUAGAAUGGGCUACCGCCGAACGCCGCGCUUUCCAGCGACAGGACCUCGAGGUCCGCCUGGUAGCUCUCCAAAUGGCUAAGCAAUCCUACUACGAAGCUCUCGGUCUGAUCAACAACCUCCUUCGCGAGCUCAAGCGCCUCGACGACAAGCUCCGCCUCGUCGAAGUCCAACUCCUCGAAUCCAGAGUCUACCAUGCCCUCGGCAACAUCCCCAAGGCUCGUGCUGCUCUCACCAGUGCACGAACCAGCGCUGCCAGUGUAUACACACCUCCUAUGCUACAGGCCAACCUCGAUAUGCAAAGUGGUAUGCUUCAUGCUGAAGAUAAGGACUUCAACACCGCAUUCUCCUAUUUCAUCGAGGCCCUCGAUGGCUACCACUCCCAAGACGAGAGCACCAGGGCUCAAGCUGCCCUGCAAUACAUGCUUCUCUGCAAGAUCAUGCUUAACCUUGUCGACGACGUGAACAACCUCAUGGCCUCGAAGCAAGCCCUCAAAUACGCUGGUAAGAACCUAGAAGCUAUGAAGGCUAUUGCUCGCGCCCACUCGAAUCGAUCACUGGAGGAGUACGAGCGUGCACUUUCCUCCUACCGCUACGAGCUAGGAAGCGACACUUUCAUCCGAAACCACCUCCGUCGUCUCUACGACGCUAUGUUGGAGCAGAACCUUAUUAAGGUUAUUGAGCCUUUCUCGCGCGUGGAGAUUGACCACAUCGCCAACAUGGUUGGCCUCGACACCCAGCAGGUUGAGCGAAAGCUUUCUCAGAUGAUCCUAGACAAGGUCAUUAUUGGUGUUCUGGACCAGGGCGCUGGCUGCCUUAUCAUCUUUGACGAGACGCACCGGGAUGAGUCGUACGAUGCGGCUCUCGCAACCAUUGAGAAGUUGAGCAGUGUCGUCGAUGUUUUGUACACAAACCAGGCGUCUAUGCUGGAAUAG